UAUAGCCUAAUUAAAUAAAGCGAUCAGCUGAAAAGCAUGGCCGUGAUGUCUGUUGUUGUUCAAAACAAGAUUUUUCCCGAAAUUAAGUUUGUAGCAGAUUACUAACAGACUCCGAUAUAAACAUGCCGUUAUAAACAAGUCUAGCAUUUACUGACGAAAGAUUUUCAAGAAUGGAACCAAAAGAAUGAAUAUUUGACUCGAGAAAUAGAUUCGGAUCGCCGACGCAUUACCGGACCCGUUUUGUGCUCAACACUGACCCGAGGCUACCCGCGACGCGUUUACUGCAAGUGCGUGUGGGAGACUUUGUUUUGCAAUCGGAAGCUUUAACAAAACAAACAACAUGCUGCGGACAACAUGGAUUGCAAUGCUGUUGGGUUUCUGGUCGUCAUUGUACCUUGCUGAUACAUAUUUAAAGACUCACAGACGAUGCGGAGAGCAGUACACCUCAUUCCAGGAGCGAUGUGGACUGUCAGUUUCCAUAGCCCAGUUGAAAUGCUACACCACAAAGUUCAACCGUCUCUUCAUCAGACUAGGCCAGUGUAAACCUCGUCUGCUUCGAACUUGGUUUUCUUGCGGUGCCUGCUUUGGGGUGGUGUUGAUGUUUGUUUCCAUAGCUCUGCUCCUGAUGACCUUGGUGAAAGCUUUCUCUCAAGAUAAACCAGAACAAGUCCUCACACCAGUGAUGCCAGGUGUGAAUCUACCCUUGAACCAGAUCACCUAUUUCUUUGCUGUUCUUCUCAUCAGUGGUAUCAUACAUGAGCUGGGCCAUGCUAUAGCUGCUGUCAGGGAGAAUGUCCGGGUGAAUGGCUUUGGUGUGUUUGUGAUGUUGAUCUAUCCUGGUGCCUUUGUUGAUCUCCACACCGAGCAUCUUCAAGCACUCAAUGCCAUCGGUCAGCUUAGGAUAUACUGUGCAGGGGUCUGGCAUAACUUCUUACUGGUCAUCUGGGGUGUGGUCAUUUUAAUGACCAUGCCUUACCUUCUAAGCCCCCUCUACCUGACCGGUAAUGGUGUGGUCAUUACAGAGGUCUUACCAAAUUCUCCAGUUUAUGGUCGGAGGGGUCUUGCACCAGGCUACCAGGUGACCAGUAUUAAUGGUUGUCCAGUUUAUAAUACAGAGACAUGGACACAGUGUCUGAGAGGUGUAGUUUUUUAUCCAGUCUUUGGUCAUUGUAUGCCUGCAGGCAAGGCACAACAGCUCAACAAAGCAGUUAAAUUAUAUAAGGGAUCAGGAGGGGAGAUAGAAUGCUGUAGGAAUGAUAGUGUAGCAGAACUGUGCUUCUCGUAUAGACUGGGCGAAGAGGCUGAAAAACCAGAAAAAAUGUAUGCUUGUUUAGAAGCAAGGCCAGUGAUAGAGCUACCUCGAUGUCAUAAAGCCAGUGAUUGCCUUCAAACUAGAAAGAUGGUCUGCUUACAUCCAUCAUUAGAUAACUCUAGUCGUCUUCUAAGAGUAGCUCACAACUCAGGUCCUCCCGUACUCUAUGUAGGAGAUCCAUACUUCUUCAGCUAUACAGUGAGGAUCAGCAGUUAUGUUCCCAAGUAUGAUUGGCUUCCUCUUACUCUGCCUGAGGUCAUAGAAAUGUUCUGCAAAUAUUUAAUCUCCCUGUCUGGUGCUUUAGCAAUCCUCAACGCAAUGCCAUGCUAUGCCUUAGAUGGACAAUGGAUCCUAAUGGCCGCCAUAGAACACUUCUUACCGGGUUUGAUACCAAGCCCAUCUGAUCGUAACGUCAUCUACAGUCUUAUUAUGAUCUUCGGUACCAUUAUCCUCAUCGCUAACGUCGUUCUUGCCAUGUUUACGUUGGUUGCCAGGUAGCAGAGGGACUCAUGGGAUUGGGCGGGAAUUUUUUUGUAUUUUAUGAUGAACGUUUUCAUAGUUUUAUACAGCUUUUAUAAAUGUGAAAAAAAUGAAUAUUCCAAGUAUUAAAUAAUGUAGAAAUGCAGUUAUUUCUGUACGAGCUCAAAUUAUAUUUUAUUUUGUCGAUGACAGUCAAUGCAUAAUUGCAUGCAGGCUUCCAUUAAAUGUUUUUAGAACUGAAAUCAUCUUGGC